CCAUUCUGCUCCGAGUCAGGACUUGGCGGAAGAGCAUGACACUUCUUCAGCAGAGUCCGUGGCGCCUCUUUGAUGGGGUGGUGGGCCGAUCGCUGCACCUGAAGCUGGCUUCCUCCGGCCCAUUCCUCGAGACUCUCCCACAUGCAAGUCACUUGUGGGCCCCACAGGGAGCGUCGUUCGCAACGAGCACAGCAAGCCAGAGCGCCGCUGCGGGGCCAUCCUUAGCGGCCGCUCGUGCCAAGUUUGUGAGGCCGGCGGUGGUCGGGGUGGGUCACAUCAUUGCAGUAGCGUCCGGCAAGGGUGGAGUGGGGAAGUCCACAACUGCAGUGAACCUGGCAGUGGCGCUCGCACAGCGGUGCGGUCUGCGGGUCGGGCUGCUAGACGCGGAUGUGUACGGCCCCUCAGUUCCCCGCCUCAUGAACCUCAGCGGGCGGCCACAGGUGAACGAAGAAAAGAAGAUGGUUCCCCUAGAAGCGUACGGCGUCCGGUGCAUGUCCAUGGGCUUCCUUAUGGAGGAUGACGCGCCCGCCGUCUGGCGAGGCCCGAUGGUGAUGAGCGCGCUGGACCAGCUAUUACGUGGCACGGCCUGGGGCAAGCUGGAUGUCAUGGUGGUCGAUAUGCCCCCCGGCACGGGGGACGCCCAGAUUAGUAUCAGUCAAAAGGUGCCCCUUGCCGGCGCCGUUAUAGUGUCAACUCCGCAGGACAUCGCCCUCAUCGACGCACGACGGGGUGCCAACAUGUUCCGCAAGGUGGAGGUGCCGAUUUUGGGCCUGGUGGAGAACAUGUCCUACUACCAGUGUCCGAACUGCGGGCACCGAGAGCACGUGUUCGGCGAGGAGGGCGCACGCAAAACCGCCGACGAAAUGGGCAUGGAGUUCUUGGGAGAGGUACCGCUUCACAUCUCUAUCCGAGAGACGUCGGAUCACGGGCGACCGAUCGUCGCGUCAUCACCAGAUAGCGGUAGUGCAAACAUCUACGGGGCUAUAGCAGGAAGGCUUGCCGAAAAGCUCAGGCAGAAAGGAACGGACGAAGAUACGCUGAGCAGACCAGCGCCAAGGAUAAUCAUUGAAUAAGCCGUGUCGAGCGAAGCUGUGCAUGCAACCAAUCUCUCUUAAUUCGCUGCAAGCCGUGAGCGGCCCCGGAAUAGCAUCAUGUCGGAUGUGUGCAGCAACAAUCAAAAAGUUGCAUGAGUGACACAACGGCGUUAAAUUGUCCAAUUGUCCUGAUUCAGACACUUAUUGAGAUCCUGCACAUAUAGAGAGCUAAAUCGAGCCUCAAACAAGCAGCUUUUGAAUCAGAAUUGCUUCUCUUGCAGAUAAGGAUACCUUACUCAAUGUACAAUUUCAGUAGAGGCCAGUAGGAGUAAAGGCUGACUCUACCGAGUAAUGGUGUUAUUUAAACAAUCCGACC